GACCCGCGAGCUUCGCCGCUUCGUUCUCUCGCGUCUUUGGUGGUCCGGCGUUUCCCCUCAAGGGAGCUUCGCAAAAUUUGUCAAAACGAAAGCUCGGGCGAUCCUUCGAAUGUGACGUCUCGGAACGAAUGGAUGUUGACGCUUCAGCUGCACUGUGAAAGACGGAUAAGCUCGAUAAGCUCUAUGAGCUUGCGUGACGAAAUAAACGUCUCUAAGAAGAUUGGCCGGUUCUGAUUUAAAAUUUUUUUUCUUUCGAUUUUAUUUUCGUUUUUUCAUCUCCUAAUGAGAAAAAUUCCGUGACAUGAUUGAUCUCGACACUCGAUGUCGGGUCGAGCUUUAAUUUCGUCGACUCGGCGAUCUUAACUAUCGUGUUAAUUAACACCUCGGUAUCGUAGCACUCCGCAUGCUACUAUUCGACACGCAACGUUACGGUUGUCGCGCGGUGGUUUCGUUACCAACAGUUUUAUAUGUGAAAUAUAUCUAAGUUAUAGUAAUAAUAAUAAUAAUAAAUUAAAAAUGCCAUGAAGUGAUGGAGUUGAAAAUAAGCAUCGUGCUGUUGGCACUCCUUCAAAUUGCCUUCACUCUCGAAAGUUCCAAGGAAGAUGACGACGCCGAGGAAGACGACGAGGAUAAUUAUCCUCUUGAGGAUUACGAGAAUCCAGCGACGAUAGCCACUGACACGGAAUUGAUACCCGGUGCAUCGCUUCCCGUAUUUCUUAUCGAACCUUUGGAUUCCUAUGUCGUUAAAGGAAAACCAGCAACCCUAAGAUGUCAAGCUGCGAAUGCGCUUCAGGUAUAUUUCCGGUGCAACGGUGUUCGAAUCGAUGGCUUCCAGCACCAGGGGUUCGUCGAUCCUCACACCGGCACCCGCAUCGUCGAGGCGGAACUGAACGUUACCAGGAACCAGGUUGAAGAAUACUUUGGCAAGGAGAAGUUCAAGUGCGAGUGCGUCGCCUGGUCUGGACCCGGAGAAAUCAAAAGCCAAAGUGCCACGGUCGACGUUGCCUACUUGAAAAAACAGUUUGAAUCACCACCAUACUCCGUCUCGGUGGAGGUUGGACAUGGAACUGAGUUGAGAUGCAUUCCACCAUCCGGAGUGCCUUAUCCCCAAGUUUACUGGUUCAGAAAUGGCGCGCCUCUUGAAAUAACGCCAGCAUCUCCAAACGCGGACACACUGUUGGUGUCCAGUGAAGGCCAUCUUCUCCUGGGACAGGCGGGAUUGCAACAUCAGGCGAACUACACUUGUGUUGCUGAAAAUAUAGCGGCAAAGAGGAUCAGUGAUCCGGCCAGCUUGACUGUAUAUGUCAAUGGGGGAUGGACAACCUGGUCUGGAUGGUCAGAGUGCAGUACCAGGUGUGGCAGAGGAGCGCAGAAGAGGACAAGAUCCUGUUCAAAUCCGUUGCCUAUCAACGGCGGUCAACCUUGUCUUGGUCCACCUUCGCAAAAAACGGAUUGCAACUCACCGUGUCCCGCGGUGGAUGGCAGAUGGUCAGCGUGGUCCUCUUGGUCUAUGUGUGGAUCCGAUUGCUCUCGGAUAAGACGAAGAGCCUGCGACAAUCCGCCUCCGAGUCACGGUGGCCGAAUUUGCCAAGGCAGGGACAUCACAGUGGACGUUUGUUCCGGUGAACAAUGCAACAACGCGGUUGGAUACGGUGGUACUCAAGUGCUUAAAGAAGGCAAUGGGAAUUUAUUUUUUUCAGCCACCAGAGCCGAGCAGCAGACUUCUAUAGCACUUUGGAUAUCUCUGAGCGUAGCGACGAUAUUUUUACUACUGACGACGAUCUUUAUCGUUCGAUUUCUGAAGCGUAAAGAAAGAAACAAUUCAUUGUACAGCAUGGCGAGGUCAGAUUUUCAGCCGGAAUUCUUUCCGGAACAAGACAAGAAGUCCAUGAUUAACGGGCAUUCAAAUAUGACUGGCAGUGGGCAUGGAUGCUAUGAUUAUUCGUUAAACAAGCAGAAUUUCUCAAUGCAAAGGUCCUGUUCCGAGCACCACUAUGACGUCCCACACAUGUCCCUACCCUCGACGAAAUCGUCGUUAACCCCAACCCCCACUGCUUCGACGGAAAAUCGUUCGGUAUCGAUGAAGGAUGGAGGGGACAAGCAGGCCUUUUCAGACAGUGAAAACAGCAUCAACAGCUACUCUUCCUAUUCCACUUACAACGUGGCAACGGACACCGUGGCACUGCCGGCUUUUCAGAAUUACGAAAACGAUUUUAUCGCCAGAGCAUCGGUGAGCACGCAGGGAGCUCUUCUGGUCGUUUCGGAGGCCGGUGUGUCGAUGUCAGUACCGGAUGCGUCAGUCUGUCGAGGCGAGAAAGAAGAUCUCUAUCUCGCCGUUCUAAGGGACGACAAAUUCCGGCCGAACCUGCCCCAAAACUUGACCUUGCUUUCCGGGGUCAUAACUUGUGGCCCGAAUACUGUUGCCUUCAACAAGCCAGUCAUCCUGCAGUUUGAACACUGCGCCGAACUUAAAGCGAACAACUGGGAACUGAGCGUUUGGUCUGCGACAAUAGACUCCGAGGAAAGUUCUUUCCUCUCAACAGCCACCAGCUUCUCCCCAACUGGACUGAGGUCGGCGAACCUUCCGAAAUGGACGAAAGUUCUCACCCUAGGAAAUGAGUCCAUCAACACACCACUCUUCACACAGCUUGACCAUGGCGAGGUGUUCAUUGUCACUGAGGAACUAAGAGGAUACGUUUUAGCUGGAGAAAGCUCCUCCAUCGCUCCUGGGGUCGCCGUCAAGAGGCUACGGCUAGUCGUCUACGCGGCGCAGAAUUGCGACUACAUCAGGUGCUACGCCGUUGAGGAUACCAAAGCGACGCUGAAGAUAGUCUCGGACCUCGAAUACCGUUUGGGUGGCAGCCUCGUCGAGAAGCGCACCUUCUGUUUCCAGGACAGUGGUGCACCGCUUUGCGUCUACUUGGAGGACCUUGAGAGCGGAUUUACCGAUAGACAGGAAGUUCCAUUUCAGCAUAUUUGGUCCUCGUCAAAGAACACCCUUCACUGUUCUUUCAAGAUUGAAAAAAUCGAUCGCGACGUUGAGCUCAGCUUCAAACUCCACGCCUAUCAACGUGGCUUCGAUAGUCACGGCGUCAUCCUAAGAAUUGAUUUUGACGUUUCUAAACAGAGUGUUGUCUUUGGAAGCGCCAAGAAGAGCAGGAAACCCGAUAUGACUGUCAUCAGCCACGGGACGAGCCGAUCUACUGAAUCAACUAUAAGAACUUUCAGGUUCUCGAAAACAUUAAGAAAACAGUUAUGCCAAUACUUGGAUCCGCCUAACGGGAGGGGAAACGAUUGGCGCAUGUUGGCUCAAAGGUUGCAGGUUGAUCGGUACAUAAACUACUUCGCAACGAAGGCUAGUCCUACCGAGCAUAUUCUUGAUCUAUGGGAGGCUAGACACCGUGAGGCAACAGCUGUCACGGAUUUGCUAAAUCACCUGAGACUGAUGGGGCGUAUAGAUGCUGCCAGCGUUCUCGAAAGUCACCUAGGACCCUGGAUAUGAAAGUUCAACGAUUACUUCGGAGCUACAAGUUCGUGCCCAAAAAUGGGUAUGAAGUUCUUAACGGCUGUUGGAUAACAGUUGUUUCUUGUGGUAGAUCAAGGGGUUACCUAAUCCGGAACUACGUAUCUGGUAAGAAUGAGAUUCGAUUCUUACUUUCGUUGGUUUCUGCAACGAAACGUGUCAUCUAAUCGAAAACAACAUUGAUCUUGAUUGAAGCAUCGACAUCGACUGCAAUAAUUCCAUGACAGGUGCUUCGUAUACGUUUAAUUUUCUCGCUCGCGAUGAAGGCGAAAGUUUCGUCAAUUUAUAUGAUUGAUUAAUCGCUGUCACUCUUAUCUCGACCGAGUAAUCUCUGAUCAAUAAAAAGACUGCAAAUACUGUAUGGAAAGGCCCAAAAGCUGGUUUACCGUUUGAUUGCA